AACGCGACGCACUGGUCCGCGUUUGCGUGACCGAUCACGACCGCCUUUUAAUCCGGCCUCGAUGCUGUGGCCUCCAUUCUCUCGAUUCUAGGCAUUUCCUUUCUCCUCCAUCUCUUCCUCCUCCUCCUCCAUUCUCUUCUUGCUGGAUCAUCCGCCGUGUCGAUCGUUGCAUGCGCGCGGCCUCGCGAUGCUUCUUUCGAUCCGAUCCACGCGCGGCAGUGAUAUUUCGAUCGAUCGGCGAGGGAUGAGAGCUUCGGCGAUGGCGCUGCUGCUGGCGCUCCUCGCAUUCUUGCUGGUCGCCGGCGAUGGCCAGAUGCUCUACAAGGAUUCUCGCCAGAGCAUUGAGGCGCGGAUCAAAGAUCUCCUGAGGAGGAUGACGCUCGAGGAAAAGAUCGGGCAAAUGACGCAGAUUGAGAGGGCGGUGGCGAGCCAGGCCGUGGUCAGGCAAUACGGCAUAGGGAGCGUGUUGAAUGGGGGAGGCAGUGCUCCGGCGGAGAGGGCAGCUCCCAAUGUAUGGGAGGACAUGGUCGAUGACUAUCAGAUUGGAGCUAUGAGCACUCGCCUUGGAAUUCCAGUCAUCUAUGGCGUCGACGCAGUGCAUGGUCACAACAAUGUCUAUGGAGCUACCAUUUAUCCUCACAACAUUGGCCUCGGUUCUUCCAGGGAUCCUGAGCUGGUGCGGAGAAUCGGAGCUGCUACUGCGCUGGAAGUCCGAGCAACUGGAAUGCCUUACGCUUUUGCUCCCUGCAUUGCUGUUUGCCGUGAUCCGAGAUGGGGGCGAUGCUACGAGAGCUAUGGUGAAGAUACCCAGCUCGUGAGAAGCAUGACAAAGAUCAUCCAGGGCUUGCAAGGCUCUCCACCACCUAGUCAUCCGUCUGGCUAUCCUUACGUUGGAGGACCAUCCAAAGUUGUUGCCUGUGCCAAGCAUUUCGUGGGUGAUGGAGGAACAGUGAAGGGAAUUGACGAGAACAACACAGUGACCACUUAUAGGCAGCUCGUUCAAGUUCAUAUGGCUCCUUAUCUUGAUGCCAUCGCCAUGGGUGUUUCAACCAUCAUGAUUUCGUACUCCAGCUUCAAUGGCAUCAAGAUGCACGCUAAUCGUUUCCUGGUUACCGAAGUAUUGAAAAAUCGUCUCGGGUUUCAGGGAUUCCUGAUAUCUGACUGGGAAGCCAUUGAUAGAAUCACCGAUCCACCCAAGCAAAACUACACGUACUCUGUCUUGACUUCGGUCAAUGCAGGUAUCGACAUGAUCAUGGUUCCGUUCGAUUACCAAAACUUCAUCAACAUCCUCACUGGACUGGUUAAAUCCGGAGCCGUCAGCCAGAGCAGGAUAGACGACGCCGUGACCAGGAUCCUCAGAGUCAAAUUUGCUGCUGGACUGUUCGAAGCGCCGAAGGCAAAUAGGAAGCUCAACAACAAAGUCGGCGCAGAGGACCACCGAGAGCUAGCCAGGGAAGCCGUGAGAAAGUCACUCGUGCUCUUGAAAAACUCAGCCAGGAGCGGAUCUAGCAAGAACAUCCUACCACUCAGCAAGACCGCGCCCAAGAUUCUAGUGGCUGGAACACACGCUGAUGACUUGGGACUUCAGUGUGGAGGAUGGACAAUCACCUGGCAAGGAGGCAGUGGACAAACAACAAUCGGAACUACGAUUCGCCAAGCAAUUGCCAACACCGUGAGCCAAUCCACGCAAGUUGUCUACGAGCAGUCCCCAGACGCCAACUUCGUCAAGGACAAAGGCUUCUCGUACGCGGUGGUGGUGAUCGGCGAGCAGCCUUACGCCGAGAUAGCCGGCGACAAUCUCAACUUGACAAUCCCCAGCCAAGGCAUCGACACCAUCCGGAACGUGUGCUCGUCCCUGCGCUGCGUGGUGGUGCUCAUCUCCGGUCGGCCGCUGGUGCUGGAGCCUCACAUCGAUAUGAUGGACGCGCUGGUGGCGGCGUGGCUUCCAGGUUCCGAGGGCCAAGGCGUGGCCGACGUGCUUUUCGGUGACCACGACUUCGUGGGGAAAUCGUCCAGGACGUGGUUCAAGCGCGUGGAUCAACUUCCCAUGAAUGUGGGAGACAUGGGCUAUGAUCCUCUCUUCCCGUACGGUUUUGGCAUGACAAUGCGGCAACAGUAAGCUCUCUUUUCUUCGUUUCCGUACAGAUUAGUUCUAUAGAUUCUUUUGCGAGGAUCAAGAUUUUUAUCUGAUAAUGCAUAGAGGGGAAUGUUUAUAUCUUCCAUUCCAUUC